AGAAAUUUUAUGCUAUUAUUCCGCUGUUGCGAGUUCUAGUUGGGAUUCUGCUGAACUUCGCAGCACUCAUUGUGAGAUUCUGAGGAUGAUGAUUCUAGUGGAAUGCACAUUUUUACUGUUUUGUGUCCUAUCUCGCCUGUUAGACAUACUAAUCAGACUUAAAAAGGAAGUCGUGAGAGCUGAUGGUCGAUGGCGAACUGCAGGAAUGCCGAGAAUUCUGCUACAGAGAGCUGAAGAAAAAUUUCCUGCUGAGACAAAUGAUGAACUGUACAAAUUCAGAGAAAGUUUUAGUGGGUCCACAUGGUGAGACAUACCCAGCAAGUCAUGAUGCAAACCAGGCCAUGAAUAUAAAAGCUGAGGAAGUCUCAGACUCACAAGAAGAAGUGGAUCUUCUGCAAAUAACAGUUCAGGAAGCAAAGGCUGAACCUGAGAGCUGUACAAAUUCGGAGAACGCUUUAGUGGUUCCGCAUGGUGAGACAUACCCAACACCUCAUGAUGCAUAUCAGGUCAUGAAUGUGAAAGCUGAGGCAGUCUCAGAUGCAGAAGAGGAAGAGGAUCCUGUCCCAGUAACAUUUCCGGAAAUAAAGGCUGAACCUGAGGGUAAUUUGAAUGAACUUCAACCUGUACAUCGUGAGGAGCGACGAUAUUCCUGUGAUGAGUGUGGAGAUUCAUUCAGUCAAGAGCAAAUUCUGAUAGCACAUGGACACAUACAUAGUGGGGAGCGGCCAUUGAUAUGUAACAUUUUCACAUCAGUGGCUGCGAACAGUUCCAUCUUCUGUGAUGAAGUGCUGCACAGUUCAGCAGAAUGCAACUGA